UGGUGUUACAGUAACUCAAGUGAUGGUGUUACAGUAACUCAAGUGAUGGUGUUACAGUAACUCAAGUGAUGGUGUUACAGUAACUCAAGUGAUGGUGUUACAGUAACUCAAGUGAUGGUGUUACAGUAACUCAAGUGCCAAAGUUAACGUCUGCCUUUGCUUUGUCCUCAGCUGCUACCCCCUGGAAAAAGAAUUCAGAAUUCGAGACUUCACAAGUUACAGAGAAGAAGAGGACAGUCUAUCAGAUGGCUUUGAAUAAGCUAGAUGAGAUCCUGGCAGCAGCUCAGCAGACAAUCAGCACCAAUGAGGGGCAAGGGACGCGGGGUCAGGGGGCAAGGAGAGACAGGAGCCGGGGCUCCUUUUACGCCAAUGAGCCAAAUUACGACCAAUCAGAAAUGGGGAUGACCGGGCUGGGCUAUGACCGCGCCCAGUUCACAUCAGGCCACGUCCCUCCACACGGUAUGCUGCGACAGAAAUCCAUCGGGGUGACUGAAGAGGAGAAGUCCCAUCUCAAUCCUCCGGCCAUGAAGUUUGCCCGAAGUCUCUCGGUUCCCGGCCCAGAUGACAUCCCCCCGCCC